CCUCCAUCUUCCUGUAGGGAGCAACAUCGAACCCUACACUAAACCACGAGGAAGACAUGCACUUCCGGUCAGGUCCGUCUGCUGUCACAACAGUUAGCUGCUUGAGUAGCUAACAACCACGAAUAAAGGCUAUUUGUGUCAAAAUGGAUGUGAGUCAGGCCAAGCAGGAACAUCUGCUCGCAUUAAAAGUGAUGCGACUAACCAAACCCACUCUCUUCACAAACCUGCCAGUGACAUGUGAAGAUCGAGACCUGCCAGGCGACUUGUUUGGUCAGCUCAUGCGGGGCGACCCAUCCACCAUCAAAGGCGCUGAGACGUUGAUGCUGGGCGAGAUGCUAACGCUACCUCAGAACUUUGGGAACAUUUUCCUGGGCGAGACCUUCUCCAGCUACAUCAGCGUGCACAACGACAGCAGUCAGGUGGUGAAGGACAUUCUGGUCAAGGCCGACCUCCAGACCAGCUCGCAAAGACUCAAUCUGUCGGCGUCCAACUCAGCCGUGGCUGAACUCAAACCUGAGUGCUGCAUCGAUGACGUCAUCCACCACGAGGUCAAAGAGAUCGGAACACACAUCCUGGUUUGCGCCGUCAGCUACACAACGCAGUUCGGAGAGAAGCUCUACUUUCGCAAGUUCUUUAAAUUCCAGGUCCUGAAGCCGCUGGACGUGAAGACAAAGUUCUACAACGCAGAGAGUGACCUGAGUUCUGUGACAGACGAGGUCUUCCUGGAGGCUCAGAUCCAGAACAUCACCACGUCGCCCAUGUUCAUGGAGAAGGUGUCUCUGGAACCUUCCAUGAUGUACAACGUGAGCGAGCUCAACACGGUCACGCGCGAAGACCGAGGUGUGUCGACGUUCGGGAAGAUGUCCUACCUGCAGCCCAUGGACACGCGGCAGUACCUCUACUGCCUGAAGCCCAAGCCCGAGUACGCCGAGAAGGCCGGUGUCAUCAAGGGCGUGACGGUGAUCGGGAAGCUGGACAUCGUGUGGAAGACCAACCUGGGGGAGAGAGGGCGGCUGCAGACCAGCCAGCUGCAGCGAAUGGCUCCAGGCUACGGAGACAUCCGGCUGUCCAUGGAGACAAUUCCAGACACGGUGAACCUUGAAGAACCGUUCGACAUCAGCUGUAAAAUCACAAACUGCAGUGAAAGGACCAUGGACCUGGUUCUGGACAUGUGCAACACGUCUUCCAUACACUGGUGCGGCGUGUCGGGCCGGGCCUUGGGGAAGCUCAGCCCCGCCGCCUCGCUCUCCCUUCCCCUCACACUGCUGUCGUCCAUGCAGGGUCUGCAGAGCGUUUCUGGCCUGAGACUGACAGACUCGUUUCUAAAGAGGACGUACGAAUACGACGACGUGGCUCAAGUGUGUGUGGUGUGUCCGCACCAUGGCAACCUGUCUUAGCUCCUUUUUAUCACUUUUUUAUUUUAGACGCUAACGGACCAACUGUGGACCUCACAAUGCAACACUUACAGAGGACGACGCUGGCUGUGUUUUAACUUUCAAAUGAAUGUGAAUAAUGCUGAAAAUAAUGAUGUACAUGUGAAUAAAUGUUAAUAAAAUCUCUUGAAAUGUUUCAACCAUGUUACGAAGCCCAUUGAUAUUUUGUGUGC